AUGGUCGCUGCGAGUGAAUUGGCCAGCGGUGCCGCAGAGAACGUGAUCACUAAGUCGACUCGUGGGGAGCAGGUUGAAAUUGGCCAGCUUUACAACGCCCGCACUGGCGGGAUCAUCCCAAGCAUCUCCCUUUGGCGCCUCGACGACAUCAAGGCGGGGCAGGAGGUCGUUUCAUGCCCAGACACGACCUUCGACUUCACCACCAGCAUGAAGGACCUCCGGAAGCACCACAACCUCGACGCCGAAGGCUCCGUGGAGAUCGACUUCGGCAUCUUCGCGCUCAGCGGGUCCGCCCAGUACCUGAAGAACACGCAGCACCACGAGCACGAAGCCCGCGUGGACGUGUCCUGCACCGUUGUCAAGCAUAGAAGGUACAUGCCAAUGGAGCUCUUGAAAAACAUGAAGUUUCAAAAUUUCCUCGACGACCCUCGCCUGAGCAUGGAUUGGGAGGAGGGCGAGGAAGAAGACUUCGAGGGCACCGAUAUCAGUGUCCGCGGCGCCAUCAAGGAAACCGUCGGCACCAUCGAGGGCGCGGCUCGGGUCGGCAAGGAGUUGCCCACAAAGUUGAGUGAGCUGAACAAUUCGCUCAAGAUGGUGCUCCUCCCCCUGUCCUUCGUCGACUCCGAGGCCCGCCGCGUCGUGACGCGGCUCGACGCGCGCACCAUGGAGGACGUAUCUGCUGCUCUGGAGACUGCAGAGGGCGUUCACUUGUCUGCUGAGUCCUUGUGCGUCGCAGUGAAUGCGUUCCCAUGUGUAGAGACCCAGCGCAAAAACUUCGCCACCGCCUUUAAUUCCUGCAUCAUUACCUUCCGCACUGCCGUGCGUGGCUUGGUGCCGAAGCUCAGGGACGGGGAUAGCAGCACCACCGACGAGGACACCCUUGAGCUCCAGCACGCCGUGGAUCGCAUGACGCGCCAGACGAAGCUUGCCAUUAAGUACGUGGAGCUGAAGAAUCAGGAGUCCGCUGUGCUGGCUUCCACUGUCAAUUUCCUGUUGGAGACCGGCUUUGCCAACUACAUGGACCCCGUGGCCAAGGUCCAGCCCGCCAUCGGCAGCAGCAAGCCGCGCAUCUUGCUCUCCCUGGCCGGAAAGGACAUCAACAACCCGUGCCACAAAUUGGAGACAUCGUUGACAUGCGACGCCGUCGCCGUCGACGGCGAUUCGGUCGAGAACAAGGCGGCCAGCUUCGACGCUGAGUAUGGGGUUGGGAUCGUGAACAAGGGAAUCCCCUUCUGGUCGACGGACGAGAAGAUGAAAAAGACAGAGGUCGGCGACUUGGUGCUCUUCUUGGAUGGCAGGGUCCGCAUAAUCUCCAAGUUAUUCCCCGGCCCCCCAGACAACGUCAAGCUGCGGUGCAACGAGCAGACCAUGCAUGUCCAGUGGGAGUGGCUGCAGCAGGACUCGAUGCCCCCCCGCAGCUUUCGCGUGCUCUGGCGGCCCCGCCCAAACGCCGACUUGGACACCUUCGAUCAGAGCGUCGACGAAUACGCGGCGUUCGAGUGGAAGGAUGCGCCUGCGGGAGUGCCUUACGAGUGCGUGCCGGGGGCGCAGGGGGGCGCUUACCGCUGCGAACUCGGCCCCCUGGGUCCAAAUACGGACUUCGAGGUGUGCGUGCAGACGUGCUCCGACGUUGGCUUCUCGGCGCGCUCCCCUCCGAACGUCAAGCGGACGGGCAAGCUGCCCAGUGCCGCCAGGGACAUAAUCGCUUUUUACCAUGAGAAUAUGGCCCGGCUCGAGUUGACCGGGGCCGGGGGAUGGAUUGACAAGGUCGGCGGCAAGAAGCCUUGGGAGUCUACGGAGGAUUCGCUCUUCCUUGGCUCGUGUACCGUUGCAAGGAGAGCGCGCGAGAGCGGCAAGUUCGCAGGAAAACUGGCUGCCAUCAUGGCCGACGUUGCGUCCGACUUCAAGCCCGAGAUCACUCUGGGCCCCGAGCAGGAGGCGCGGGCGCUCGUCCUCAUGUUUGCUGGCCCCACGGGGGCCGGGAAAUCAACGGAGAUCAACGCGUUCGUCUCGUUCUUGUUGGGCGGCGACCUCGCGGACACCCACCGCAUCAUGCUGAUCGAUGACCGCGCUGCCGACCCGACGCAAUCCGUCACCCAGCGCAUCACCGUGUACCGAUUGCGGCCCCUCGGGCCCCGAUUCCAGGGCCAUGCGCUGUACAUUGUGGACACGCCUGGCUAUGGCGAUUGCAGGGGGCACGAGGCGGAUAACUUCACUACCGCCGCCAUGGCAGAGUUGUUCAAGAUGAUCGAGCACGUCAACGCCGCAGUCUUCACCUGCAAGGCGAACGAGGGUAAGACGAGCCCGAGCAUGGUUGCCGUGGCAACGCACAUCUUCCAGCUCUUCAGCAAGGAUGUGCAUGGGUGCCUCCGUGCCGUUCUCACGCACGCUGAUGCGGGAGCACCCCAGGCCGUCGCCAAUCUCAAAGCGCUUGGUUGGCCCGUGGACAAAGGCUACGCUCAAGUAAACAACUCUGCUUUCCGAGCCCAGUCCACAACCGACGCCAACGUGCGCGACUGGUGGAAAAUGUCAAUGUCGGGCCAGAAGCGCGCGUUGGACAUGUUGCUGCGCAUGGAGCCGGUGUCUACGCGCAAGAGCACGCAGGUAACCACGAAACGCAUGACGCUGGAGGAACGGUGCGAGCUCGCUGAGAAGAAGAUCUUCCGCACGGCCCAGGAGACCCAGAGCCUCCUCGCCAACCUGCGGGCGAUCGCAGAGGCGGUGGGCGCCAGCCCGGGCGAAACGGUGAGGGUCAGCACUGUCAUCGUCAGGGAAGAGCCGGUUCCUGAUGGGGACAAGACUACCCUCUGCUUGGAAUGCCACGUAACUUGCCACGAAAUUUGCGCUUUCGAUGACGGCGAGAAGCAUCAAUGCAUCGCAAUGGACGAGAGUGGGCAUUGUAAGAUACGCCCUAAGAAAUGCCACUAUUCCAAGCACAGGAACGCUAUGUUCAUCUUGCGACCGGAGACGCAGUGGGAGGACAUCGUGCCUGAGGAUUUGAUCAAUCGCUGGAACAAGAACAACAACUCCAUCGAGGGCGCCGUGCUCGGCGCCAUGGACAAGUACCUUGCCCUGCAGGACGAGCUCGCCGAUGACAUCAGGGCCCUGGCCGCGCUCGCGGAUGAGCUUCACAAGACAGCUCUCUUGCACGACCCCGAGCGGUUCCUCAAAUAUUUGGACACGCUCAUCGCGUCCGCUAAGGCACGGGGCGCCAGCAGCGAGCAGUUGCAGGCGCUCAUGUCCGCCAAGAAUACAAUGAAGAUCGCCGCUCGAGCGGCGUCAGCGGAGGGCUAUGCGAAUGCGGAGCCCGAGCUGCUCGCGCGGGUCACGAGGAACGUCCGCGGCGAGAUGAAAAGGCGCACUCAGAUGGGGGCCCGGGCGCGCGCCAAGGAGGAGGGGCAGCCCUGCGAUAUCUACAACAAGAUCUACAAGAGCCUCCCCGCGCCGAUUCGAGAGAAAGCCCCCGGGCCGGUUGCAGAGGCCGGGUGGGUCGGGAAGGGCGCAAAGUGGCCGGAGAACUUGAAGGCGAUCGUCAAACUCAUGGACGUCAUUCUCCAGACCGGCUGCGUAAUGGGCACUGUGACAGCGGACUGA